UGCAGUGCCGUGUGCAUUGCCACGUGCAAUGCAGUGCCGUGUGCACAAUGGGCUGUAUGCAUUGCAGUGCCGUGUGCAGUGCGGUGCUGUGUGUGCCCCCCUUGCACACUCACUCCUUGCACACUCCCCCCUUUGCAGACUCCGCCCUGGCCCAGCUCUAUGGUGGUUCCCCAUUGGAGCAGCAUCACGUGACCGUCGGGUUCCGGUUGUUACGCGGCGCCGGCUGCGACAUCUUCCAGAACCUGAGCAGGAAACAACGGCAACGGCUGCAACGGAUCGUCACUGAUGUGGUGCUGGCCACAGACAUGGCGCAGCACAGCGCGCUGCUGGCCGACCUGCAGGCAGCGCUGCAGGACAAACAGCUGACGGGCAGCGGGACCCUGCGACUGCACCGCAAUGGGGUUCUCCGCGCCGUUGUCCAUUGCGCCGACCUGAGCAACCCGACGCGGUCGCUGCGAGUGUCGCGUCGUUGGUCGGGGCUGAUCAUGGAGGAGACGAGGAGGCAAAGGGACAAGGAGAGAAUGAGGGGGGUGGGGGGCACAGCUAUGGGGCACAGCAAUGGGAGCAUGGAGAACACACAG